UCAAAUCCAGUAUUUCUAGUAUUUCAUUUUAGAUAUCUUACCCCAGUCUACAAUCCAACCUCGGCACAUGCCAUCUUCCGCGACUCAUUGCGAUCAUCACAUUCCCUAACAGCUUUCAACUGCCGCGGCAUAUGUACCUCGUGUUCCUGCAACUCCAAACUACGAGUCAGCGAAACGGCCCAACACGCAUCCAACGGCUAUCCCCAGAUGAGUAUCCUUGGCUCAGAGGUGAGUGAGGAACGCAUCACCAGAUUAAAAAGCUUCAAUUCCGAGCCGUGCAAAUUCCAUAAAAAGCCCACCCAAACCCCGACCUCCUUCUCCAAAAUACCCUCGCAGCAAUUGAACACACCACCACCAGAAUGCCAUCCUCCAACCCCCUCAUCAACGUCUCACCCCACAUCCGCGCCUUCCUCACCAACCUCCACGCUCAAUCCACCACCCAAGAGUCCGCCCUAACAGAGGCCGACUUCCACACCCGCUCCUUCGACGACGUAAUGCACGACAAAUUCAUCGCCCUCGACGCAGACAAAUCCCAGUACCUCUACCAACUCUGCCGCACCAUUAACGCCAAAACUGUCGUCGAAGCUGGCACCUCCUUCGGCGUGAGCACCAUCUACCUGGCCCUCGCCGUGUCCGCCAAUAUUGCCGCGACAGGCGGAACGGGCCGGGUCAUCGCGACAGAGAACGAGCCGACAAAGGCUUCCAGGGCAAGGGAGAAUUGGGCAAAGUGCGGCAGUGUUGUUACGGAUGUGAUUGACCUCCGAGAAGGGGAUUUGCGGGAGACCUUGAAGGAGGGCGUUGAAGGGGUGGAUUUGCUUUUGUUGGAUAUUUGGCCGCCGAUGGCGUUGCCGACGUUGAAGUUGGUGCUGCCGAAGAUGAGGUAUGGCGCUGUUGUUGUCACGGAUAAUACUAUUUCGGCGGAGGAGAGGUAUGCGGAUCUUCUUGGGUUUUUGAGGGAUGAGAAUAGCGGGUUUGUGAAUAUGACUCUGCCGUUUAGUAAUGGGUUGGAGGUUAGUGUUUAUUUGCGCGGGAAGUGAGCUCCUUUCGACUUUCCGACUGGGGGUACAUCUUGUUGAUUUUGGCUUUUGUUGGUUUAUAUCCUUACUUCAGUGCUUGGUUUGAUAAAAGAACAGAUACAAGGUACGAGGAGAUCAAGAAACAAUGCCAAUUAGCCCGGUGGGCUUAUAGUUAGAUGUUUUACCUAGUUAUUCCUCAUUUCAGGGAGAUGUUGCUAUG